UGAUCUGAAGUGAUUUUGAGACUCUGUUUCUUUUCAAUUCUCCACAAUGAUUAAAUCACGGCCCGGAUGGAGAUUUCUGUCCUCUCUUCGAGCCCCUCCUACCAGACGCUUUGCGACAGAGGCGCGGUUAACUUCGGACCAUGUCCGCAUAGUUGAAGUCGGGCCUCGCGACGGGCUGCAGAACGAGAAGAAGUCUAUAUCGCUCGAGACAAAGCUUGAGCUUAUAUCGAAGCUUGCAAAGACGGGAGUGACGACCAUAGAGGCAGGUUCUUUCGUGCCGGCGAAAUGGGUUCCCCAGAUGGCAAGUACCGCAGAGAUAUGCGAGCACCUCCUUCAAACCCCGCCGCAGUCCCUGAACGCGAUUGCAUACAAUUAUCUUGUUCCCAACGUCAAGGGAUUAGAGGGUCUCAUCAAGGUCAUGGAUGCAACAGGGGCCUCGGCAAGCACACCGGGAACCAAAACAACUCCGCCGACAACGACCGAGAUUUCUCUUUUUGCUGCAGCCACAGAAGCCUUUUCCAAAGCAAACACCAAUUGUACCAUCCAGGAAUCUCUGGACCGCAUUCGCCCUAUCGUAGCAUUGGCGAAGACCAAAGACAUUCGAGUUCGCGGGUAUGUCUCCGUUGCCCUAGGCUGUCCGUACGAAGGUCCAGAUGUUCCGCCGUCAAAGGUGGCUGAUAUCACGGCAACCUUGCUCGAGAUGGGAGCAGACGAAGUAUCAGUAGCCGACACUACGGGCAUGGGUACUGCACCGCGCACGAUGGAGCUUCUUCAGGCUCUGAAGGCAGCCGGCAUCGCCAAUACAGAUCUGGCUCUCCAUUUCCACGACACUUAUGGCCAAGCGUUGGUGAACACUAUCGUAGGCUUAGAGCAUGGGGUUCGCAUUUUUGACAGUAGUGUUGGCGGGCUUGGUGGCUGUCCUUAUUCAAAAGGAGCGACAGGCAAUGUCUCGACAGAAGAUCUCGUCCAUACAAUUCAUGGUCUCGGGAUGCAUACAGGUAUUGACCUGGAGGAGAUGUCGAGGAUUGGGCAAUGGAUCAGUGAUGAGCUAGGUCGGCCGAAUGAAAGCAGGGCUGGCAAGGCGACUAUAGCAAGGUUGCAAUCAUAGUCUGUAUACUAUGCAAGGAAGGCACAGUCCUGCAAGAUCGGAAAUACG